UCGCCACCGUCACGUGUGCUCCGCUCUCCCCGGGGAGCACUUCCGGUGGCGUUUCCUGUGUUUGUAAACUGAAAUCGAAGUCGGCUAAGACCGAGAGAAAACAAACGCUUCGUUAAAACAAAACCAGUUGUGGUCGCUGGGUUCCUGCCAGAUGACCGGGGUGGAUGAAGUGUUAAUCCAAGCUGAGCAGCCUGAUCGAGGGGCCCCAGUGGCACAGCGCACACCCUAACGCACACCGGCCAGCUCCGAUGGCGCAUUUACCAGGCAGCGCGGUGAGGGAUCACAUGAAAUGGGCGGGGUUGCUGGGGUGCGAGGCCGUCCUCUCCAGCAUGGCUCUCAUGCAGGCCAGCACCAUGGUGGGACAGAAGAAGAUGAUGUCUCAGAUGUCCCAAAUGUCCCAGAUGUCCCACAGCAGCGGGGGAGGAGGGGCGUCUCACAGGGACAGCGGGGACAGAGGACACAGCCACUCUCACAGUCACAAUCACAUGGUCAUGCCUGCAACACUCAGCUGCCCCCCACUGGUGAUCCGGAAGGAAGGAGAUUUCCACGCUGCCCGAAUUCUGGAAGACAAAAUCCCGCAGGAGUCGGACGAGCAGCAGCUGAAAAAGAAAAACAGGAAGUCCGGGACGCCCUGCAAAGUGGUGGCGGUGGAUGAGAAUGGGGACUGUCCGUUGAAAGUUCAGAAAAACUUCAUCUGUGAUCAUUGCUAUGGAGCCUUCCGCAGCAGUUAUCACCUGAAGAGACACAUUCUAACACACACAGGAGAGAAACCGUUUGCGUGCGACGUCUGCGAUAUGCGGUUCAUCCAGCGCUAUCACCUGGAUCGACACAAACGUGUUCACAGCGGAGAGAAACCGUACCAGUGCGACCGGUGCCAGCAGAACUUCUCCCGGACGGACAGGCUGUUGAGGCAUCGGCGGCUGUGCCAGGGCAGCGUGGUGAAGACGGAAGCCCACGCUUGCUGUGACAGCAGAGCCUACUCUCAGGACCAGACCUCCCCCAGCUCGGGGUGGAGCCCCAUGACGCAGGCAGCCUCCGGCAGGCUCGCGGUCUGAGCAGGGAGGCACGGGUGGGAUCGCAGCGUUCCCUUGCCUUGGAGCGCUGGGAGUCACCCGGUCAAAGCUGCAUUGUGGCUUGACUCUAGUAAAAGUGACAUGGACAUUAUUUUAUUUUUUUUAACCCCUCCAAGCUAGUUAAUGCUAUUUAAAAAAAACAAAAAAAUGUUUUUAUCGUGGUACCGUUCUCCAAUGUGUUAAAUGUUUUAUUUUGUAUUGAAGGGGAGGGAGGGGUCUAGAAUAGUGAUGGGGUUGUUUUUAUUUUAUUAUUUUACAUUUUUUAAACAAAGGGUAUUCAGAAAAUUCAGGUGGCUGCACGGUAGUGCAUUGCUCCAUUGUGUCAAGCUCCUGGGUUUCAUUUUUUUUUUAUAUAAAUAGAAACUUUUGUUAAACUUCACACUUUCUUUUCUAAUAGAACAAUGUAGUUUGUGGUCCUGAGUGUUUUUAUAAGUAGUUUAUAUAUAUAUAUAUAUAUAAUUGUACAUUUGUUGUCUCACAAGCCCAAGUUCAAAAGCUCGAAAAAGGUGUUUCUUGUAAAAUGUUGAAGCAAAAAGAGGCAAUAAAUCUGCCCCUUCAUGGGCUUGUGUCUGAACAGCAGAAACCACUUUUGGAGAAUGUAAACCAAAUGGGUUGUCAACAAGGCCUUCCUCCUUUCUGUGGAAGUAGACCUCUUGAGAAUG